UCAUCGCAGUCGGUCAACAUGGCGGCGUCCUGUGUGCGAACCGUGGGAUUGAUUUUCGUAAAAUGUGGGAACUGCAGCCCGAGUUUAAACACAGUCGCGUCGCAUUUAAGCCGACAGGUCCUGAGCAGGCAGAUAUGUGUGAGCUCUGCCCUCCACAAAAAGAACCUGGCGGCUGCAGGUCCGGAAAAGUUCACGAUGGAGUUCAUCCAGAAGCAGGUGGAGGAGUAUAACAUCGGGAAACGGCACCUGGCUAACAUGAUGGGAGAGGACCCCGAGAACUUCACCCAGGAGGACAUAGAUAGGAGCAUUGCCUACCUCUUCCCCUCAGACCUGUUUGAGAAGAAAGCCCGGCCCCUCAUGAAGCAUCCAGAGGAAAUAUUUCCAAAGACAAGAGCUAUCCAGUGGGGACCGGACGGCCGGCCAUUCCACUUCCUGUUCUACACUGGCAAACAGUCCUACUACUCCAUGAUGUAUGACACAUUCGCCAAAAUCCAGAAAAUAUCGAGAUACCAAGAUCGUCUGAGAGUCAAGGGACUCUUCUCCCAGGACGUCAAGCAGAUCUCUCUAGGCACAAGCAGGUGGCUCACAAAGGAAGAGCUGGAAGCAAUGCUGGUUGAGUCCAUCUCCAUUCAUGAUUACAAUCGCUUCAUCCAGCUGAUGGGGCGCCUGGUGUCCAUGCCCUACAGCCACACAGAGGAGGAGUUUGUCCUGGGUUACCGCCGCCAACUAGACGUCCAAUCCAAGAAGCAAAUGGUGCCGACGCUGGAGAGAGAUGACAGGGGCGUGGCCUUCAGCACUGCAGAAGGUCGGAGGAAGACGGCGACCUCUUCUGUUAUUCUUAAAGACUGUGGCUCCGGACGCAUCACCAUCAACAACACGGACUACCUGCAGUACUUCCCCGUACUACAAGACAGAGAGCAGCUGAUGUUCCCGCUUCAGUUCACGGGCAUGUUGGGACGCUUUGACCUGGAGUGCACCGUGAGUGGCAGCGGGAGGUCCAGCCAGGCGGGGGCGCUGCGGCUCGCCAUCUCUCGGGCCCUGCUCAGCUUCCUGUCUGAGGGGGAGAUGGAGACCCUGAGACAAGCUGGUCUGCUGACCCCCGACCCCAGAGUGAGGGAGAGGAAGAAGCCAGGCCAGGAGGGAGCACGAAAGAAAUUCACCUGGAAGAAACGCUGAAGAGGAAAAUCACCUCACCUGAACUCAAAUACGUAACAUUCACACUGACCUCUGGUGUUAAUGUUCCCCCAGCUGAACUGAUUCCUUAACUGUUUACCAGAGGGUGUGUCACUGGUGUCGUUUAUUUAAGCUCCAAGAAGACCAAACGGCUGAAUGUCAUCAUGCAUUCUCACAGGCGGCCAUGUUUGAAGAUGCUGCCCAGACUGAACAAGCUGCAGUGAGUCUCUUCAGCCACCAGAUGGCAGUGUGUAUCAAGGAAUAAAUAACAAAGAUAAAUAUGUUUAUCAGUAUAUUAAACAAUAAAUAAUGUUUUUCAUAUAAAA